UUUAAAUUAUGAUCUAGUAACGGGAAGGAUAAAAGGAGAGAGGAAAUGAUGUAUACGAAGAGUCUCUAUUCAAAAAGUGAUGUUGUUCUUCUUUUUUGAAAAUACAUAAAAAUAGAGAGUUUGUGUUCCGAAGAAGGAGGAUAGAGUGUUUUUGUGGUUAAAGUAAAAUGGACGAAACAUUCUCUAACAAUAAUAACAAUAUUCCAAUCGAGAUUGUUACCGACGAAGAAAUGGCUUUUAUUGAAGCUGCUUAUGCUUCCGUUUCUCCAUCUCUUUUCAUUCGUUCUUCUUCUUCUUCAACCCCUUCUUCUUCUCCUCAUCGGUUAUUACACACAAAUGCAAUCUCCAUUAACUCAAUCACUCUUCUAUCCAAAAGAAGACUAUCAUCAUCUUCUUCUGAUAUCGAAGACACUCUCAAUUUUGUUAAUGCUACCAAGAAACCAUCUCUUACUGAUUCCCUUCUUCGUCGUUUCAGAAGGAAACGUGCCUUGUCCGUCACUGAUCUUACUUCCACGGAAUGGUGCCCAAAACAAAUGGAAUUUUCACUCGUUCUUGGAGGGCGAAAGGUCAAUCAAUUUAUGAAAGCUGGCAUUGCUCGACAUGCAAAACUUGAAGAAGAGGUUAUAAAACGGGUGGAAGUGAAGGUCAAAUCACAAGAAGAUCGCUGGGCCCUGAAAUUUCUUAAUUUUAUAAAUGGUGUGAAUCAAUUGUUGUUUGAAGGAUUAACUCGGGAACUGCCGAUAAUAGGCUUUGCAGAAGGUAUAUGGAUGAUAGGAGUGAUUGACGAGGUUCGGAUGCCAUUAACUGAAAAUGAUCAUCAUAACCCAAUACUUAUUGACACAAAGACUCGUGCUCGAGAUACGCUUCCCGCUGAACCACAACGAAGAAAUGGAAGGCUUCAAUUGAUGUGUUACAAGUAUAUGUGGGACAACUUAGUUGCUGAUAAUUUUCCUUCUAAAAACUUUUUUACUUAUUUUGAUUUAAACCCUCAAAGUAUUCUAUGUGAAGAUCUCAAAGUGAUAAGUGCUGACUCUGGAUUUUCUGCUUUGACCCUUGAUGAUGUGGUGAGAUAUUACAGAAACACAUACAUGAUGUUGUCCCCUGCUCAUGAUCAGCUUUUAUUGAGAUAUGAGUAUCAGAAAGAUCAUUCAUUACUUUGUGAAGAUAAAUUUGCAUAUGAAGCUGAGUGGUUAAAGAAUCAAAUUCGUUCUUGUCUCGAGUUUUGGCUUGGAGAGCGAGAAGCUGCUUAUGUUCAUGAGGAGGAGCGCUGGAAAUGUCGGUUCUGUCAAUAUGCCACUGUUUGUCCUGCGUAUACUGAUAGUAAGGAAGCGAGUGCCAAUACAAGCAAUGAUUCAAAAGCUAAAGAAGGCUAGAUAUGAUUCAAGAUCAAGUGACUCUUAGCUACCUUAAUAACGGUUGAGAACAAGAAAAGAGCAUGAUAUUUCAACCAAUUGUCUAUCUAUUCUAAUAAAAGUUUCUCCUAAUGACACGUGGGAAUUCACAUCUCGUUUCCCACCAUUUUUUCACACACAUGUAUAAAAAAGCACGAGAUCAUUGCUAGUUAUAACUUACAGGCGUAGUAGGUUUAUUGUAAGCAUUAUUUAUUCAUGCAUUGUUGUUGUAGCAGAAUGUCAAUUAUUUAUGUAACUACCUACAAAUAUUUCAUUCUUGUAUGUACAAAGUUAAUUUGCUUUUGGAACAUUAGUGUACCAAUUUGUAUUAAUAUUAUCAAAGGCACCAGCAAAAAUGGUAACCACAAGUACGAUUUUCUUA